AUGCGGCCCCGCAGCGCCCUGCCCCGCCUGCUGCUACCCUUGCUGUUGCUGCCCGCCGCCGGGCCGGCGCAGUUCCACGGAGAGAAAGGCAUCUCCAUCCCGGACCACGGCUUCUGCCAGCCCAUCUCCAUCCCGCUGUGCACGGACAUCGCCUACAACCAAACCAUCAUGCCCAACCUUCUGGGCCACACGAACCAGGAGGACGCGGGCCUGGAGGUGCACCAGUUCUACCCGCUGGUGAAGGUGCAGUGCUCGCCGGAGCUGCGCUUCUUCCUGUGCUCCAUGUACGCGCCCGUGUGCACCGUGCUGGAGCAGGCCAUCCCGCCGUGCCGCUCCAUCUGCGAGCGCGCGCGCCAGGGCUGCGAGGCGCUUAUGAACAAGUUCGGCUUCCAGUGGCCGGAGCGCCUCCGCUGCGAACACUUCCCGCGCCAUGGCGCUGAGCAGAUCUGUGUGGGCCAGAACCACUCAGAGGAUGGCGCCCCAGCGCUGCUCACCACCGCCCCGCCGCCGGGCCUGCAGCCGGGUGCAGGGGGUACCCCGGGCGGCCCCGGUGGCGGCGUGCCCCCUCGCUACGCCACGUUGGAGCACCCGUUCCACUGCCCCCGGGUCCUCAAGGUGCCGACCUAUCUCAGCUAUAAGUUCCUGGGCGAGCGAGACUGUGCAGCGCCCUGCGAGCCGGCGCGCCCCGACGGCUCCAUGUUCUUCUCGCAGGAGGAGACUCGCUUCGCCCGCCUUUGGAUCCUCACCUGGUCUGUUCUGUGCUGCGCCUCCACCUUCUUCACCGUCACCACGUACCUGGUGGACAUGCAGCGCUUCCGAUACCCGGAGCGGCCCAUCAUCUUCCUGUCGGGCUGCUACACCAUGGUGUCGGUGGCCUACAUCGCGGGCUUCGUGCUGCAGGAGCGCGUAGUAUGCAACGAGCGCUUCUCGGACGACGGCUACCGCACCGUGGUGCAGGGCACUAAGAAGGAGGGCUGCACCAUCCUCUUCAUGAUGCUCUACUUCUUCAGCAUGGCCAGCUCCAUCUGGUGGGUCAUCCUGUCGCUCACCUGGUUCCUGGCGGCGGGCAUGAAGUGGGGCCACGAGGCCAUCGAGGCCAACUCGCAGUACUUCCACCUGGCCGCGUGGGCCGUGCCCGCCGUCAAGACCAUCACCAUCCUGGCCAUGGGCCAGAUCGACGGUGACCUGCUGAGCGGCGUGUGCUUCGUGGGCCUCAACAGCCUGGACCCGCUGCGCGGCUUUGUGCUGGCCCCGCUCUUCGUGUACCUGUUCAUCGGCACGUCGUUCCUCUUGGCUGGUUUCGUGUCGCUCUUCCGCAUCCGCACUAUCAUGAAGCAUGACGGCACCAAGACCGAGAAGCUGGAGCGGCUCAUGGUGCGGAUCGGCGUCUUCUCGGUGCUCUACACGGUGCCCGCCACCAUCGUCAUCGCCUGCUACUUCUACGAGCAGGCCUUCCGCGAGCACUGGGAGCGCUCGUGGGUGAGCCAGCAUUGCAAGAGCCUGGCCAUCCCGUGCCCCGCGCACUACACGCCACGCAUGUCGCCCGACUUCACUGUCUACAUGAUCAAGUACCUCAUGACGCUCAUCGUGGGCAUCACGUCCGGCUUCUGGAUCUGGUCCGGCAAGACGCUGCACUCGUGGAGGAAGUUCUACACCCGCCUCACCAACAGCCGGCACGGCGAGACCACUGUGUGAGGGGUGGCCCCAGCGCCCGGCUAUCCACCAAGCCGGCAGGCGCUGACCGACUCAUUUUAUUUUUUUAAAUCACUUUGUAAAGGGAACUCUGCCCACAGCCCCCCCUCCAGGUUUGUAAUUAAAACUGUAAAUAGUCUCUGUAAAUUUAAUUAUAUAUUUUCUAUUUAAAAAAAAAAAACAAAAAGAAAAAAUGGAAAGGGUAUGUGUGUGCAGUGAAGGGCACCAGGGCUGAAGAAUGGGAGGGGAAGGACGUGACGGUUCUCUAUUUUCUUAAGUGCCGCUUUCAAAACGGCUCCCGACUUGGGUUGGAAUUUUGGGGUGAUCUGGCAGGGAUGGGCCUGCUGGAAGAGGCACCUAACUGUGCACUGUUUUUCUUGGCGUGGAGGAGUUGGGAGUUUGUUAACCUUCAACUUCUUGAGAAGCAAAAUUUGUGAGCCUCCUCGCUGACGGUGGGCCUUUGGAAGCUGUCGGAUUUGCAAAUAAGACUUGGAUUCUUCA